AUGCUGCUGCCAAACUACCUUGCAAAUCAGGGAAAGAUACAUUAUGAACUUUUCUCAAUAAGGAGGGCUGUUCUAAUCUGCUCUGGACUGGCCAGCACGAGAAGAGAGGAUGAUGCCAACAAUGAGACCGUAAAGAGCCAAAGCUUCAGCAAAAAUGAGGAUAAGAAUCAUCCCAACAAAGAGCUUUGGUUGUUCAUCUCCAACAAUUCCGAUGGCCAUACCAGCGGCGAGGCCGGCGAGACCACAGGCGAGACCAGAAGAAAGGUGAGCGUACCCAUCAAACAAGUAGUACGACUUGGCCUUGGGGUUAAUACCAGUGCUGAUAAUCACGGCAAUAAUCAAACCAUAAAUACCCAACACACCAGCCAUGACCACUGGGACAAUAGACUUCAUCACCAGCUCGGGCCUCAUCACGCCCAUCGACGCCACGCCGACGCCGCUCUUGGCGGUGCCGUACGCCGCCCCCAUACCUGAAAAG